GAUGGAUGGAUGGAUAGGUAGGUAGGUAGGUAGAUAGAUAAGAUGGGUGGAUAGAUAAAUAGAUACGAUUGGUUGAUAAAUGGAUAAGGUGGAUAUGCAAAUAGAUAGGUAAAUAGAUGGAUAGAUAGAUGUGUGCAUUAAUAAGGCGGAUGGAUGGAUGGAUAGGUAAAUUGGUCGAUGGAUAAAUAAAUAGAUAGCUGGAUAAAUAGAUAGAUAGAUAGAUAGAUAGAUAGAUAGAUAGAUAGAUAGAUAGAUGAAAUGGAUAGAUGUGUGGAUUAAUAAGAUGGAUGGAUGAAUAAAUAGCUGGGUGGAUUGAUAGAUGAGUGGAUUAAUAAGUGGAUGGAUAGAUAGCCGGAUGGAUAAAAAGAUACAAUAGGCAGAUAGAUGGAUAAGGUCGAUGGAUGGAGAAGCGGAUAAAUCAGUAGACGGACAGAUUGAUAGAUAAGGUAAGUGGAUAAUUAGUUAGAUAAAUCACUAGGUGGAUGGACAGAUGGGCAGACAAAUAGUUGGCUAGAUGAAUGGAUAAUCAAUAGCUAGCUUAGAUGGAUAGGUAAACAGAUAGAUGGAUAGUGAAGCAGGCAAUAGAUGUAUGUAUCCUGUCUUUUUCGGCAUAUAUACAUUCCAGAAACCCUUUCUAUUGUUAUGAUAGAAAACUCCAAAAGUCACCUGCGUGGAGCCUCCCUAUCCAGAGGCAGCCUACCUCCAAAUUCCAGGACGAAAAGAAGGUUGAAGAAGGAAACCGUAACACAAGGAGAUGAGUCGCUGAAUAUCACAGACAUGGAGCUGAAGGAGGAAUGGCAGGACGACGGGUUUCCUCGGCCUCUUCCAGAAGAGAUCUCCGGAGAGGAUCUAGAAGGAUCGAGUUCGGAAUUGAGCCCCGUUGCCCUCAACACGCUGGAGCUGUGCGGACGGCGACACAUGAAGAAACGCCUCCCGGCCCCUGAACUUGGAGACGGGUCGGUGAAGUCGGACGAGUUUCUGGAACGGACGCCGGACGGGAGCCUGGACAUCGAUGUGGACGAGUUGGAGACGCCGUCCGAGAGCGAGCUGCAGGAAAGCCAUGGGUUCGAAUGGGAUGACGACCUUCCCAGGGUCCAGCGAGUGGACGGCGACCUUGGGGAGAGGUUUUGCACGAAUCGGGUGACGGACAUCCGGGACUCAGACGGCCGGACCUGGCGGAUCUUCCUGCCCGAGGAGCAAGCCAGCCCACAGAGAGUGGACCUGUCUGCCGUCGGACCCUACAAGAAGGUCAUCUCCCACGCAGGGUAUGACGGCGAAGGUUUGAAUGCCAUUAUCGUCUUUGCCGCGUGUUACUUACCGGACAGCUCCAUCCCAGAUUAUCCGUAUGUCAUGGAGAAUCUCUUCAUGUACUUCGUAGGGACGUUGGAGCUGAUGGUGGCCCAAAACUACACCCUGGUGUGCCUCAACGGGGCCACCCCCAGAAGCAGGUUGCCAUCCUUUGCGUGGAUCAAACAGUGUUACCAAACCGUCGACCGGAGGAUCCGGAAGAACCUCAAGGCUUUGGUUAUUGUCCACCCGGCCUGGUAUGUGAAGGCGCUGAUGGCCGUCUUUAGACCCUUCAUCAGUUCCAAGUUUAGCCGGAAAGUCCAAUUCGUGGAUAGUUUGGCGGACCUUGCGCGGCUCAUCCCUUUGGACCAGGCCCACAUCCCGGACCCCGUCCGACGGCUGGAUCAAUCCCGAGCCCGUUCCCAAAGCUAACAAGAGAAGAAGCGGUUAGGGUUCCCCACCUUGUAAAUAAAUAAAUUAGUUUU